GCCGGGAUCAAUAGAAAACUGUCAUGAUACCUUUUGCCCAUGCUCGUUGGCAUUAUUACAUUUUUUAAGAUGUAUUGUAUAGAUAAUUCCUGUGAAUAUGAAUGUUUUUAAAUUAUCAUCAAAUUUCUUUAUACUUCUGUGAAAAUGUCAUAAUUUUGAUGAUUUGUAAUGAUAGGUGAAAGUGUUCUGAAUAACUGUUGACCCGUGAAAAGAGGGUGAUUCACAACAAUGUAAUUCAGCAUUAUAAAAAUAUUACCAUUUUUUACGAUCCAUUAAAAUGUACAGAUAUUAUAACAGUACCUAGUAUUGUACACGAAUGUCAACGAUAUUUUUUUCUUUUCCAAGUACUAGUUGUAUAAGAUUUGAAUAUAUUUAAUAAAAAAUUUUUACAUUAUUUUUGUUAUACAGUUGUGACAAGACAGUGCCUAUUUCUACAGUUUUACCUUAGUGUCAAGUGUCACAGUUAAUAAGGGAAACUAUUGAGUUUCCAAUAGGUGAAAUAUUAAUAUGGACAUUUUUGAAUUUAUUUGCGUAUCUGUGAUUACAUUUAUAUGUGGUAUAAUAUGUACGCUAUGCGUGGAGUUUUAUUUAUUCAAAAAAUAUUUGGAAGAUGCUCCUUUGGCAAGUCCUCCAAAAAGAUCGAUCCAUCAUGGAAUGGCUCAAUUACCUAAAGAAUUACUUGAGAAGAUUCAAGAUGAAAAAACAAAUCCUAAUAUAAGUAUAUCUCGUCAAGCUAUGUGCCAAGGUAAUGAAAACUUGGCAAUAAAUUUAACAUUGCAAUUUUUGUUUAACGAACUUCGUAAUGCUGAACGAGUUCGUCUUUGGUUGUAUAGAAAAUUAAAUAACGAAUUCAAAGAAUUGUUAACUCAGUCGACUACUGGGAAAUUAUUAGACAGUGUACAGUUAAGAGAUUUAAAUUUGGGUACUCAGUUUCCCACGAUAAAAGGUUUAGAAGUUGCAGAUUCAAAAAUAGAUGCAGAUACAGGUUUAUUGGAAUCAUUGGAUUUAUCUUUAGAUUUACAUUAUUCCGGAAAUUUUCAAUUGUCAAUAGAUGUGAAAAUGCUAUUGGGUAAAACCGCUUACAUGGCUCUACAAGUGAAGCGGAUCAGUGGCAGAGCUAGACUGCAAUUUACACGCGUUCCAUAUACUCAUUGGUCUCUAAGCUUUUAUUCGGAUCCUAUACUUGAAUUAGAAGUGCAGUCUCAAUUUCAAGGACGUCAAUUACAACCACAGAUUAUUUCCUUAAUUACAGGACAAAUUCGGAGAGCUGUACGUAGGAAACAUACGCUACCUCGCUAUAAAUUACGUUACAAACCAUUCUUCCGCAGACUGAACGACGAAGCGGUAGAUUUAUCGGAAGUUGCCAAUAUACAAUUAACACCGGGUUAUUUGGAAGUAUCGUUACUAGAAGUGAGUAGAUUAAAUCUUGGAGUUAAUACGCUUAAUGCCGAAGAUAAAUCGCAAGUUGAAGUGUAUUGUACAAUGAGCGUAGAUUCAACACCUUGGGUAUAUCUGACUCAGUAUACUGGAGUUCCUUAUAUGGUGUUAGACUUGAUUAUUAGUAAAGUUAGUUCUCAGCAAUUAGGUGUAGUAUUUAAACAAGAAAUUGUGCCAGAAAUAGGUCACGUUUGCGUGCUAGUCGAAACUAUAAUAACUGGAAGUCCAGCUGCAAUUGCUGAGAUGAAAAAGGGAGAUGUUUUAGUAGCGGUAGAUGGUAAAAAAGUGUCUAACAUGAAUCAAGUAGGUAAACUCGUAAAGAGUGCUGUACAAAGACGUUUCAUUAUAAGGGUUGAAAGGAAGUACUCGAAAGCAGAUUUGGAUAAACAAGCGAGCAUGAAACUGGAUAGCGAAAGAUUAUCAACAGAAAAAGGAAUGGAUAGGAAAACGUUGAAAACUGAUGUAUCGAGUAAAGGAGAUACUUGGAAUAUUGAAGAGAGUAGCAAGAUUAAAUUUGAAAGUCAAAUAAAAUUUUCAGAUUUGAAAGAUUCUGAAAAUGAAACCUUUGACAAACUAGAAGCAGGUAGUAAACUUUUUAAGAGAAGAAAAAGUAGUGCACAUAUUACAGAUGAUAGUGCUGCUCAAACACCUGACAGUAUACCUUCUAGAAAAAUUUCAAUUACUUCGAGUCAAUCUAUAAUAUCGAGUAGCUCUCAGUUUUGCUUUAGCGACGAUAACUACAUAACAAAUGUGUCGGAUUUGUAUUAUACCACAAAAGAAAAGGAACAUGCUUCUUUGAUUAAUUUCGAAGAAACUAGAAACUUUCAAAUUGACUCGGAACUUCAGUAUCUAAAUAUUGGUGUAUGGAGUCGUGUGAGAGGGGGAGAAAUUCCUGCAAAAUUAUUAGGAUAUAUAAACGUACCGAUGAAAUUAAUACUAGCACAAUGCUACACGUCUUCAACCGGUCAUUAUCUUAAAUGCCAUGCUUUGUUACCACCAGACAGUGCUUCUUUGACAAGCGUUCAUCCAAAGCUACAAGGAUAUUCCGGAUUCGAUCCAACGCUUUGUUUCGGUGAUAUUUUAUUAUCUUACGUAUGGGAGUCCAGUUAUCCAAAUCGUCAUCUAACUGGUGAUUCAGGCAAGAAAGAGAGUACAGAAGCUGCCAAAACACAGCCAACAUUGAGCGAAGAGAUGACAAAUAAAAAGAUGCACGACUUUAUCAGAACGCAUUUCCAUAGAGCGACGCAUUGCGAUUUUUGUACAAAAAAGAUUUGGCUAAAGGAUGCGGUACAGUGUAGAGACUGUGGCAUGGUGUGUCAUAAAAAGUGCGAAGUCCGUUGUCAAGCAUCGGGGAUGUGCGGAGCUGAGAGUAUAACGACAGUGGCACUAGAAGCAGACGAAAUAGAGCCUAAUACUCUAAUCGGGGAAUCAGGUCCAGAAAUUUCUCUAACCAGUUGCGAAGAUAAUGUACAGGGUGCAACUAUGAUGGCCAUGAAGGCCAGUAUAGCUAACACUCUGUUGGGCCUGAAGAAGGCUGGAAGUACAAGUUGCUUGGCCCCACCGGCUUCCGGUACCGGUUUGGCAUCUAGAAGUCUUCCCCCCAGUCCCUGUGCAUCCCGCAAGAAUUCAUUGGUCGGAGGAUUGGGCAUAAGUUCUGAUCUUUUGGAGGGUGCUGAGCCUAACGUGGCAGCACCUUUGUUAGCCGGAGAUUUGGACGAUGGUCUUAUGUCCAGAGCUAAAGAUACCGGCAAGUUUUUGUACAAAUACUUGGAACCUCAAGAACGCGUCGAAAAGAUCAAUGCCAUGAUGGGGAAGCUGAAGACUGCGCUCGACGCGGAAACUACCUCAAGAUUAGAGUUAUCGCAGAGCGGAGAAAUGGACAGUAUUAAAUUGAUCGCGCAGAGUGAUUCGAGAGUGCAAGCACUGAGUGUCUUACUUUUGCAUUAUUGUGCUGGUUUACAGCACGCUCAGGAAGCGCUAGAUCGAUCGCUAAAUAGUAAGGAAUCUUAACGAACCUGAAGAUUCACGAAUGGAAAUCAAAAUACAAGAUAAGAAAGAUUACGGUGUUGAUAUGCAAACGUAUAAGUAUAAAGAUGACAUACCCCCCUUUUUUUUUACGUGGAGGAAAUCUUCAACCCCUGGGGAGGGGCCGGAGGUAGUGUGGGUAUGAUAGUACUUAAUAUUUUUGUACAUCAAGGUGGUAAUCUUUCGAUUUUUGAUUAAUCCUCUGAGAGCGAUAGUUGAAUAGAAACACCUUACGAAACAUUCUCUAUAGGUAAUACAACAAACGUUCCAAACUUGACAAUUUACUUCAAUCGGUCUAAAUUAGCGAACAUCGAUAAAUUUGUUCAAUUUAGAAAAUUUUACGUCUUAUAUAUUACAUGUAUGCCAAUGGGUUCUACGAAUCGAACGCGCUUUGCAAUGUUUCUCGAGAUCCUUGUCGCGAUACUCGUAUAAUAAUAGAUCUCGCAAAUAAUACUCGUGAAUUUUAAUCGUGAUAUCUCCAUAGCUUACCAGAGAACACCAAAUACUAAGACUUGUAUUUACAGAUUAUUAUAUGUAUAUUCGUAGAGAAGCGAUCGCAACAUGUGCUUAUCAACAUGUAAUUACGCGAUACACAAUUUCAAAUAUCUCCAGCGAUAUAAGUACCUAUAGACUAUAGAUGAUCUAGCUUGUAGAGUUAGCUAAAAAAGAUAAACCAGUAUGGUGUUUUUGAGUUCAGUAGUAAGGUAAUGGGAAAUUAGCUACUUAAACAUAGUAAUCCAUAGUUGAAUGGAAAAGGAAUUAUUCUGUUUGAUAUCAGUAUAUCAUUUACUUCAAUAAUUAAUUAAGGGUUUACUCCAUGCUCUUGUUCCGUUUUUUUCCUUUUUCUGUUUUUUUUUUUUUUUUUUUUUUUUU